AUGACAAAUGGCGAAACUACACAGCGGCCAGUCACACACCUGGAAGUCUCACAGCCUCACAACCCGGAAGUCUCACAGCCUCACAACCCGGAAGUCUCACAGCCUCACAACCCGGAAGUCUCACAGCCUCACAACCUGGAAGUCUCACAGCCUCACAACCCGGAAGUCUCACAGCCUCACAACCUGAAGUCUCACAACCUGGAAGUCUCACAGCCUCACAACCUGGAAGUCUCACAACCUGGAAGUCUCACAGCCUCACAACCCGGAAGUCUCACAGCCUCACAACCCGGAAGUCUCACAGCCUCACAACCUGGAAGUCUCACAGCCUCACAACCUGGAAGUCUCACAGCCUCACAACCACACAGCAUUACAGCCUCAUACCCUCACAGCCCCAAAGUCUCAGAGCCUUACAGUUCCUAG